GAUAUGGAAUGCAAGGGCGAAUGACAGCGCUGCUCAGCCCCCUCGCCUUCGAUUGAUUUACGCCUCUACUGACGCUUUAUCAGGCGCUCGAAAAAAGUUUGACCAAUCAUUUUGCUAGGAGCUCACAACACAGCAGCCCAACUGUACUUUGUUGGCUAGGAAGUUGGAGAAGGGGGUAGCGUACAAAUCUAGAUCUGUCCUCUCUCUCUCUCUCUAUAUUUUUCCCUUCAUUGAACCGUGCUUUGUAUGAUGUCUGAGAAUGUCCAUUUCUGGGACUCUUAGCAAUUAUUAUGUCGACUCUAUUAUAAGUCAUGACAGUGAAGACUCGCCUUCAGCUAAAUUUUCAACUGGGCAAUAUACAAGUUCCAGGCAAGCUGGACAUAAUGAUCAUCUAGAAUUCCCCUCUUGUAGUUUCCAGCCAAAACCUCCAGUUUUCAGCGCCUCCUGGACUCCUCUGAAUCCUCAUUCUUCUGGUACCCUUCCUUCGGUCUAUCAUCCAUAUAUUCAACAUCAAAGCGUCCCUUCUGAUAGCAGGUAUCUACGAAGCUGGCUGGAUCCAGUGCCCAGAACAGAGAACAUACCCGGGCAGGGAUCAGUUAAAUCAGAGCCUCUGCUGGGGCACCCCGGGGAAGUCCAUAAACAAGGAGCACAGGAGUACAAUUUAGAAACUUCUGCUGGAAGGGAGGCGAUCGUUUCCAAUCAAAGGCCCAGCUUCGAGGACAAUAAAGUUUGUGAAGGAAGCGAGGACAAAGACAGGCCAGAUCAAACCAACCCAGCGGCCAACUGGCUCCAUGCCCGCUCCUCCAGAAAAAAAAGAUGCCCUUACACCAAAUACCAGACCCUGGAGCUAGAGAAGGAGUUUUUGUUCAAUAUGUACCUCACCAGGGACCGUAGACACGAAGUGGCCAGACUCCUCAACCUGAGUGAAAGACAAGUCAAAAUCUGGUUUCAGAACCGAAGGAUGAAAAUGAAGAAAAUGAACAAGGAACAGGGCAAAGAAUAAGAUACAGAAGGCAAAUGCCAUGCUCUAUCUCACAGCUUACUCUAUAUUUAUGGGUGAUAGCUUCCGAACUAUACUAAUGAUGACACAUAAAACAUGGGGGUUUUUUUGGUUCCACCUUCGCAAGCCGGAAGUUUAUAAUUUUUUUCGUACUGUUGCCAGUUAGAAAGCUACUAAUGUGAAGGUGAAAAUCCUGAUUUAGGACACAUGCUGGGUUUUGUUUCUAUUCCUUGUUGUGGUUUCCCCCCCCCCCAUACAGUGUAGACAUACCAGGUCCAUAGGCUUUGUUGCCAUCAGGAUAUGAUGCCUCUAUUUUCUAAAUGAAAGACAAACAAAAAUUCCAACAACCACCACCACCUUGUCACAAAUAAACAUAGUCUAUGCCCAUGACACAUCCCAUUGUCUUUCUGUAACCACGUUACAUGAUUGUGUCUCUUAACCGAUCCCCACCACACACCCACAUACAUAAAUUGAAGUGGCAAAGAAACCAGACCAUUUACUAGAAGGCAGACACAUUCUUAAGAUUCGAGUUUAAUUGCAUACAACAAACCAUUUUCAAUUCACCAACUUUAUGCCGGUGUAUUCAGAUUAAUGACAGUCAAAUAUCCCACUGCGCCUCUGUUUUAUUUUUUAAAUUGUUUUAAUCGCUCUGUGGUGGAUUAAUGACUUUGAUCAGAGAAUUUAGUGUAAUCUUAGAAAUAAUCCUCCCAACCUGGUAGUUUUAUACGGGAUCAUUUGAAAAGUCUAUCAGAACAAAAGUGUUAACUGUUUAGCAAAAAACAAACAAACAAAACAAAACACAAAACAAAACCCCAAAACAAAAAACAACCCCCAAACAAACAAAAAGAAAAAAUAAAAACAAAAAAGACAAAAAAGACAAAAAAAACCCCUUCCAACUUAUUUCUAACUUUUAGAGGGAAAAAAGACAUUUUUCUAGUUAAAAACAAACAGAAAACAAAAAAAAAAACCCUACCUAAGUAGAUCUAAGAGAAGGUAAACUUGUGUUCUUAGUGUUAGAGUAUUUAUAAUUUAUUGUGAAAUGAAUUUUCCUAAAGAAUUAGAUUGUUUCAGAGGUAAAGUGCCACGGCUGUUGGUUGUACAUUUCUUUCCCCUGAUAUUUCAGAUGAGAAGUUUAUACUUGAAUAUUUCCUUCUGAUCUGUUAGAAAUUAAUUAAUCACGUUUUACAUUGAUACCUUGUUUACAUUACAUUAUAAUACGUGCUGUUGCAUUUCCACACGAAAAAGAACACUGUUACUGGUUGAGUGACAUAAAAGAAUUGUGAUUGUCUUGUGGUUGGCUUUUGUGUGUGUGUGCGUGUGUGCAUUUAACGUAACAAAUAUGUAUCCUAAUUGUUUACAAAAGAGGUCUCAUUUCAUGCUGGAAGGAAUUGAAUUCUCAUCUGAAAGAUCUCUUGGAGGUUUCUCUAUACCAGU